GAAGGGGGUUGGACCAGAAAGGUUGGGGGUGUUAGGUCUAGGUUUAGGGGUUCUUCUGGCGCGAGACUGACUCUAGGGCAUCCAAGAAUCUCAUCUCCUUCUGGGCUGCCGCCACAGAAACCUCCUGUCGGUGAUUGCUCCACGUCUGAGGCGUCCCUUCCUUCCUUCCUUCUUAACUCCCGAGGAGGAGCAGAGCUCCUUCGUAAGGCUUACAGGAUACUGCAGUAUCCUGCGUGCCUCCUUCCGUUACUUCCAAGUCUGUAUAAGUGCUCGCGGCGUCGAGGGUUUAAGGGUCAUAGAGUCGAAUUCCGAAGCCACCACCACAAAAUUAGAACGAUAUCUGAUCAGUUAUUCUAAGGGCUGCUCGCUCUGACACGUGUGUUCUGACAGCUCAUUGUAGUGCAGUGAGAAAGAUCUUACAUUACUUCUGGUCUUUGGGGACGUAGAGAAAGACUAGGUCAGUCUCAGUAACUGACUCUCUCUUUAGAGAGAAAGAGGGAGAGAGCGACAGAGGGGCGAACGAAGUCUUCUCUGCCUAGAUUCGAAUCGGCCUUUUUGAGGGUGAGGCUUUCGUAUUAUGAGCAUCGAAGAUGUCUGAGAAAAGGACGGAAAGCCUAAGGCGAUCAGCGGAGCGCAAGUAUUCGCGGACAAAUAGUGGAAACAAGAUGGAGUCUCACGGGUACAGUUCACAAAUGAUUCGGAUGACAGAGCCCGAACCCUCUGCUAGCAAGAAGGUGGUGUCAUGGGUCAAGGAAAACCUUCUGCUCGUCCUGACGAUCCUGGGCGUCAUCUUGGGCGUGGCCUUUGGGGCACUGGCCAGAAGGAUCGAGUACACGGAGGACCAUGUGAUGCUGGUAUCCUUCCCGGGAGAGAUUAUGAUGAGGAUGCUGAAGAUGCUCAUCUUGCCUCUCAUCAUCUCGUCCAUCAUCACAGGUGUCGCUCAGUUGGACGCGUCAGCCUCCGGUCAGAUGGGAUCAUGGGCCUUGGCCUACUACUUCGGCACGACAAUAUGCGCUGCCAUCACGGGGAUCCUGAGUGUCGUGUCCAUCCACCCGGGCCACCCUUCCCUCCUGCAAGGGAGCGUCGUAGACAAUCGUUUCAGAGUAGGGAGCGACAAACUCACCACCAUGGAUGCGUUUCUAGACAUCAUUAGAAACAUGUUCCCUGACAACCUUGUCAUGGCAAGUUUUUCAUCGACAAAAACUAUCUAUAAAAAGGUAAAACCGGUGGUCAGACAAACAAACGAAACCUUAGAAGCACUGAAUGCCACGUUCCUGAACGGCACUGCAAUGAAUGCCACCAUCGUGGAAGACAAAUAUGUUCGCUCGCUCGUGCACUCCGAUGGCAUGAAUGUAAUGGGGCUGAUUGUCUUUUGUGUUGUGUUCGGGUCUCUGAUUGGCCAGAUGCAACAAGGAAAGCUAAUGGUCGAUUUUUUCAUCAUUCUUAAUGAUGUGGUUAUGAAGAUGGUCGAACUUAUCAUGUGGUACUCACCCUUCGGCAUCAUGAGUCUCGUGGUGGGGCAGAUCAUGAGCAUUGAAGACCUCAGAGAAACCGCCCAGAUGCUGGGGCUGUAUAUGAUGACGGUCAUAUGUGGACUGUUCAUUCACGCUGUCUUCACGCUGCCCACUAUAUACUUCUUGUUCACCAGGAAGAACCCAGCUACAUUCUUCAAGGGGAUGGUCCAGGCAUGGAUCACAGCCCUUGGAACGGGGUCAAGUUCUGCAACUCUUCCCAUAACAUUCCGCUGCUUAGAAGAGAAUAACAAGAUAGAUAAGAGAGUGACCAGGUUUGUCCUCCCAGUGGGAGCCACAAUCAACAUGGAUGGAACUGCCCUCUAUGAAGCUGUCGGUUCCAUAUUCAUUGCUCAAAUGUAUGGUAUCCAUUUGGGACCUGGGGAGUUAGUAACAGUCAGUUUAACUUCAACCCUAGCCAGUAUUGGGGCAGCCAGUAUACCCAGCGCUGGACUGGUUACCAUGUUGCUUGUCCUCACAGCCCUAGGACUACCGACUGAGAAUGCAUCACUUAUUUUUGCUGUUGAUUGGAUCUUGGAUCGUGUUCGAACUUCCAUCAAUGUCUUAGGUGAUGCUUUUGGGGCAGGCAUUGUAGCUCACCUGUGCCGUGAGGAACUUGAACGCAUGGGACCUGCGCAGCCUUCCAUUGAGAUGCUGGAUCGAGUUGAGUCAGGAAUGAUCCCCACACACAGUCCGAUUGCACCUUCACCACAACCUACUUUGGCAUCGCCUGUUCAGGGACCUCCAAAAGAUCUACCACCUGGUUCUGAUAAAGGAAAUGGACAGCUUCCAUGGGGAGACACCCAGCCAAAAAGCCCAAACUCUGAGACUCAAAUUUGAAGUAGAACUUAAGUUGAUGUCUCUCUUACUCAGUUUAUAGUGUAUUAAUAAGAAUUGUUUAUUCCAGUUCAAGAGAUAUAUCUAUGAAUGUUAAAUGUUGUCAUAGAGAAUAAUUAGGAGAAUUAGAUGUGUAUCCUCUAUGAGUGUGGUGAGAAUUUUCCUUUUGAGCUUGUAAGAUUACUCACAUGAACCCUGAACAAAAAAAGGCCUUAUCCGUUGGAACGUUUUCAUAAGUUUAUCUGGAUAUAUUUAAAGGGAUUGCUAGAGUCUUGGGCAAAGGAAUAGCCAUGCUGACGUUUAGCAAAACCUACUCUGUAAUGACAUGAACCCUUUGCAUCGAACACUGGCAAAACAUAGCGACACGAAAUGAUAGGAUUCUUCCAGUCAAUUUCAGUAGCCUGACAAUGCCUGUAUAUGUGGUUCCAUGACCUGAGAACAAAUGCAUAUAUUUUUUUAGUGUAACAUUGUGCAAGUUGAAUCCUCCUUCCUUAUCAAUACUGUAGUUGGAAAUAAAUUUUGCACCAAAACCACGGAUCUGAUCAUUUAGUACAUUCUCAGAACAUUUUUUGAUCUAAACUUAAUUAGAUUUUACUUUGAAAUGAUAAAUGUAGAUCAAAAGAGCCACUGCUGUUGAAAUAAUUAAACAUUAAUUAAUAUAAACUUUUCCAGUGAAUGGGAAAAUAAUUUUCUUUCUAAAGUAUGAAAUGUACCUUUGAACAGGGAGAGUUCUCAUUGGUUGACUGAAGUGAGGCCAGGUUUGCUGGAAAAGUUUGCUGGUUCAGUUGCAUCAUCUAAAGUAAAUGAAAUAUAUUAUCCGUUAGACUUCCAGUUUUCAUGCUAAAACAACAUUUAUGAAAAAAAAUAUGGCAAAAGAAUAGUAGCACUUAGCAAUUUAAAUUGACUGAUUGUACAUCAUCUGGCACUACACAACCAAGCAAUUCAGAGAUAUAGGAAGAGUUCAGAGUAUAACAUCAUAGCAACCUGACCAAAACAAUUUCAGCUAGCUAUCAUAUCUUGAACAAAGAUACACAAAAACAAGGAAGGAAGAACAUUUACAGGUUCAGAAUGCCUGCUGGAACUGUAAGCAUAAACGUCAAUUUAUGCAAAAUGUUACACAUUGUUUGAAAUGAACUUUAUGUUCAGCAGAGUGAAAUGGACAAACAACGGAGCAUAAAAUCUUUGUUAUAUAGUUACAGAUGAUUUAUGACCUUGUCAUUAAAUAGAUUUCAACUCAAGCAUUGGUAUACAUCUUAUCUAACCCACCAUGUUAUCUCUUUCCUUUGACUGUCAUAUUAGCUGAUCUAAAUAAAAUAUCAUACAAUGUU